CCCAUCUGACAAGAACACAGUUCCGGGUUCUUUCCAGCCGAGAGCUGUUGCUGCUGCUCAUCAUUCACAGCGGUUUACGAGGCAAAGACAUGUCUCUUUUAUUAGAUAAUCAAUUUCAGGAACUCGCUGCAGACAAAUCGGUUGACACCAAGACAUUUCUGGACAAUGUCUCCCACCUUCCUUCCUUUUUUGACUGCUUGGGCUCAAAAGUGUUUUCGGUCAUCAAAUCAGACAUUAAUGGCAAUAUAACGAAAAUUAAAGCGGUUUAUAGUAAGGAUCCUGCAAAGUACACCACUUUGCAGGAUAUUUUGGAGGCUGAGCGAGAAGCACAUGGAGCAGAAUGGCCCAAAGUUGGAGCAACAUUAGCUCUGAUGUGGCUGAAGAGGGGUCUCCGUUUCAUACAGAUACUGCUGCAGAGUUUGGCCGAUGCAGAGAAGGAUGAGAAAUACCCCAACCUAAUUCAUCUCAAUGUCACCAAAGCCUAUGAGCAGGCACUGAAGAAGUACCACGGCUGGAUUGUUCAAAAAGUUUUCAGUGCAGCACUGCUUGCAGCUCCUUACAGAUCUAACUUCCUCAAGGCUCUUUCUAAAGGAGAGGAAGUGAAAGAGGAGGACUGUCUGGCAAAUGUGCGUCUCUUUCUUGUAAAUUACACGCCCACUGUGGAUGCCAUCUAUGAGAUGUACACAAAUCUUAACGCAGAGCUGGACUACACAGUUUGAUCUCCCAGGACUGUGGGAGAUGCGGAAGUGAUCCUCGCCACUUAUGUCAUUCCCCCUCAGCUGUCGCACAAAACCAUUUCAAAAAGUGUUUAAUAUGAUUUUGGGGUUUUCUUUUGUGUUUUUUCUUCCUUACAGUGUAUUAUUUCACAGCUUGAUUAUGUCCGAGUGAGUUUUUGCAUCUAUGUAUUAUAAUUAUGCUAAUGCCUUAAAUUUAUAGCAACAUUUUUGCUGACAUGGAUUCAUUCCUGUAUUUAAGUAAUUUUAGGAUUAUUGAAGUGCUGCUUUCACUCUUAGCAGGGACUAUGCGAUUCUGAGGGCUGCUUUAUUUAUGACAUCAUCAUAGGACCUGUAAGAAGAAACCAUAUUCUCCUUUAGAAAGCUAGGAAAAAAAUGUAAUGUACUUGAAACUCUACAACCCUCCCAAUCCCCCCCUCCCCUCCCGGGGUUCACCUAUGGACUUUUGGUUUAGUAUGCUACAUCUGACCCAUCCAGAAGUGAAGGAAAUGAUUUAAUUUAAUUCAUUUUCAUUUUAAAAGAGACAAGUCAUAUACACAUUUAAUAAUGUAUUAACCAGAGCUAUAUUUUCUGAAUGAAUACUUUGAAUAAAUAUGCUCUUUCUUCCUGAGUUGUCAUGAAUUAACAUGUGAUCAGUCUUCAAGGAAUGAAGCAUAGAAAUAAACUCAAAUUAAUUUCAAUGAUCUCCCACUAGAUGGUAGCAUUUACUUUUUGUCUCUUGAUGGAGACGCUGCCACUCCGUGGAAUAUGAAUUAUUCAGUGACUUCCCUCCCAAUAUAAAUCUUUACAUCGUCUAAUUUCUUACUUUUGUUGUCUAUACUUAAAUACAGCAAGGUUUG